AUGUUGGAAGAGCAAUUAUAUUUAUUAGCUUGCAUUUUUGCAUCUAGAGCUGACACGCAUAACAUCAAAAAGUUGUCUACGAAACUGGACCCACAAUCCGAUUACUUGGACAUCCUCUGUGUUUUGUGGCCAGAAUUAGAUGAUCCAAAAAACCUUUUGUUUCUUUGCGAACCAGAAGAGAUGGAGCAAAGUCCAGAAGGGGAAGAAACAACUGACGAAGAAGUGGUAGUAGGGCUAUUGGAAAGUGACAGCAGUUUGAUUCCAUUAAUAGAGAUUGAUACUACAACAAUAUCUAGCAGAUAUCGCGAAUUGCAAGAAUUCAUAAACAAUAAACUCAAUAACAAAGCUUUAGAGAAUUUUGAAGGGUGGUUAAGGGAAAGGAUCUUAUUAUGUAAUGAGAUGAUACCUGAAACACCUUUAUUCUAUUCUGUACUAUGGGAAACUGCCAAAUCAGGAGUGCUAUCUACAAAGUUUAUGGGAUGGGUAGAAGGAGUAUUAAAACCCUUGGACCACCUGAAUAAACGGCUUCAUCUCAUAUUCAAAAUUAACGAAUGGGAAGGAAUGCCCGAUAGCAAGUUAUUCAACAUAAUAUUUGACGGUGUUGAGGACCUGCAAGACGACAACAAUAUAGCAAAUGUUAUUGAGAAUGAAUUGAUUCCCACUUUAUCUUACGGGAAGAAAUGGGAUACUUUCAUUACUGAAUUCUUCAAUAAAGAGCGGUUCUCGUUAAAAUCUGAUACUAAUUACCAAUUGUUCUUAAAGAUCUAUUAUAGCCUCGAAAAAAAAUUGAAAGAUAACAGUGAAGUAUCCAGAAACUUGCAAAGUAAUGUGGUUGAUAUAUUAUUCAACAAUAGUGAGAAUCUAUUCAAUUUAACCAAUUUAAUUCAUAAGCUUGAUGAGUUAUGGAGUAUCUUGAGCGGGUUUCCCGAUGACAUUAGGAUAAAAGAGCAGAAAACUGUUACUGCUUUAGUACUAAAACAAUUUAUGGAAUUCUUCACCAAAUGUUCGACUAAAUUUUCCUUCAAGGAAAUUUUUGCCAUAACACAGGAAGAAGGAUCGGCUCAGUUAGCACAUUUUACGUCUUUGUGUCAUGAAGAAUUCAAUAAAGCCAACGAUAUUUCCCUUUUCUUGCAAUCCAUGUAUGAAACGGUUUUGGACACUAACAAGGAUGACAAAAUUUUCACCCGAAUUUGUAUGGAUGAUAAACUAUACAGCAUAUUGGAGAUUCUUUUACAAAUGAACGAGUUCGUAUAUAUUGAAAUGGUCAUAGAGAGAUUUCACUACAGUAACAAUGCGCAAAUAUAUGAACUAUUAGUGAAGUUCUUUUGGCACUUCUUCAAUAACGCUUCUAAUGGACUACGUAAAGAACCUGAGAUGAGGAAAGCUUCGCAAACGUUACAAAUACUUCAAAAGUAUAUGCCGCAACAGGCGGGUACAAGUCUCACCAAACUGGAAGUAUUACUUGACUUAUCAGACAAACUAUCACAUUAUUCCAUAAACUUAAAUAAGACGCAUAAUGGCGCAAGAGAUACCGCGUUCAAACCAAGCAAUAUUCUAGAAUAUAAAGAUUGCCCUCUCGAUAUAAUUUCCAACUUAUUAGAGCUGAAUCCGCGAUUGUAUAAGGAUCUCCCCACCACAAAGGGCCUGUUAUUCGGAAUUUACGACAGCUUGUCCAUUGGAAAAGAAGGCCAAACCGGUAAAGUGGAAGUAGAUUUGAUGAUAUUACAUAUUGACUACGCUUUAGUGAAUCUAGAUUUUGACACGGCAUACGAACUGGGCAAGCAAGUGUUUGAGUUUUGUCAAGAAAGAAGCCAACAGAUGAUGAAGACACUAGGCGAUGAGCAUUGGUUAACAUUUUACCAAAUGGGGAAAUUUGUAGAUCCAAAUUGGAUGGAUAACGAAAUUCCCACGGAGAUAAUCAUUUUACAGAUGAGCAUUCUGGGUCGCUUACUGGAGGUUUGUCCCCUUGAGGAAGUCGAAAUUGUUACGUCGCAAUGGAGCACGCUAGAAUUGGAGUUAAGCGCCCGUGACUUGGUGAGGGACAAGUACGCACUGGAUGGACAGAACGGGAAUAAGAGUAGUGUAGGCGGCAUUGCCAAGGAGAUUUUCCAUAGCGUGACUAAUUUCUGA